GGUGUUCUCGACAUUGGCGUCAGAGAGCGAGAAUGCUCUGUUGAUGUAUUGCGAGUGGUUGUGUUCUUGCCAUUAGGGCGUUGUGUUCCUUUAUUUGUUUGUGUGUUGUGCGUGAUUGAAUUGUAGGGUGUAAACCAUAAGAAGAGUAAAGGUGCGCGACGGGGCCGGCGGCGGCGGCGGCUGCGUCGAGGCAGGCGGGAGCGGCGCGGGCGGCGGCUGCAGGAUGGUGGCUGCGGCGGCGUCGGCGGCGGCCGAGGGACGUCUCAAGUGCAGCUGACCCGGCGGCGCCGCGGAGGGCAACAUGAACGGCGGCGGCGGCGGCGGCGGCGGUGGCGGCGGCGGCGCGCGCACCCCUGCGGCGCCGCCCGAGCGCCUCGAGCCGGAGAGAGAACCUGUGAAGUUUGAUGUACAUUUAAGGGGAGCUCCAGAGGAAGUGGUGGAAUUGGUACAGAAUAUUAAAGAUGUGGCUGAACAAUUUCUGUACCAUUGGAAGACUUUCCCAAUUGUUCUUCCCCCACCACUAGCAACCUCUUCGCAUCCUGCUUUGAACAAUAACACUGCUUCUGGAAAUGGGACAGAGUCCAAUGCUGCAGGAGGGGCCAUUGGCGAUGCCAAUGGAUCCUCUCUGUCCCUCCCUAGGCGAUCUAACAAGCAUUUAAACAUGAGAGAUCUAUUCAUAGCACCUUCAUUUGAUGAACUUGAUGCAGUUGCUGUUGAUAUUAAAGGUGAACCUCGCCGUUUGAAUGGGAAGCAGUUGGAAGCUGUUCGAGAGAGAGGGCAAAAAGAUUGCAUUGAUGUGCAACACAAAUGGCAACAAAAAUGGAAAAAUUAUUGUUUUUUAAAUUACAUGAGGAGAACAUUUUUUGAAGAUGAGACUAAUAUUAAUUGCAUUUCAAUUUUUACUAUUUCAAUUUCACAACUUUCACUUAAGUUUGAGGUGGAAUCCAUCAACUUCCCAGGGCAAGUUCACAAAUGGCAGUUGAGUCAGCUUCUUCAAAAAGGCACAGAACGAAGUCAUGACUCCCUACUUGGUGAUCUUGCUUUGGCCCUGCGCUUCCUGAUUGUGACCGCACGUGGACGACUUUUUUCUCACUUCUUUAGUGUUUUGGAGUCUCUCCGGGCACUUUUAACAGGACUGCUCAAGCUUCUAGAUAUUGUCAUCGGUGUGCCUUCUCUACAAGCUCAUAAUCUUGAAGUGAAAAUCCGUGAAGAACGAUGUCGAUAUCUUGUUGCAGAACUUAGUGAAUUUGAAGAUUCAUUGGAACUGUUAUGUAGUUUUGUACGGAGACAGUUGCGCCGAGCCACAACUGAGAAGUUUGAAGUGGAGCGAGAGUCUUCACAUCCACCUGUGCCAGUACCAUAUCUGUUCCUAACACCAAAGGACUUUGAGUUAGAUCUAAGAUUAUUUAAUCGAGACAUCAUGAGAAGAGCUUUGCCAGUACUUAUAUCAAUAUUAGAGAAAGAAACUCGUGGAUGGUUUUUGCAUUUUCGAGAGAGACUGAUAUCCGAAUUACGUACCCAGAAACUUCCUGAUGAAGAAAUUGAACGGGAAGUAAAUCAGGCUGUGAUGGUGGAAUACCUGCAAAGAGUUUAUGCAAGUAUUCUCACUCAUCCAGAUAUAUUGGCUCUUGGUGAAGGCAUAGGUCAAUUGUUAGUCCAGCAGGCACAAUCUGUGGUUCUCAUGCACAGGGCUGUGGAAAAUAUGCAGCGGAAAUUGGCUAAAAUGAAAGAAACACUUAAACAGCGCAUUGAAUAUAUGCAUCCUGUUUUGUCUCGAAUACAACCUUGGAUGCGUGAUAAACUAAGAAAUGCUGAAAGUGAAUUCAUUGAUGAAUGUCAGUGGAGUGCCCAUGAAGAAGCCUUGUCUCUGUGUACAAAACAAAAUCUUCACCAGACCGUAUACUUCUUGAACCGUGAUCUUAGUUUCAUGCGUGAUAGAGAACCAGUUCUUCUUAAAGAACUUCGGAAAGUGAAAACACCUACUCGGAGUUUCCAAUGGCUUACACAGAUUUGGUUUCCUAGCAAUUGGGUAGUGCGCCGUAGUUUUCAGGGACAAUCAGAAGUAAUUCCUACUGUUCAGAGUGCAACUGCAACAUCUAUUACCACUCCUCGUUCUGAUCCGAGUCAGCCUGUGUUUCUUGUUGAGAAAGAAGUAAUUCGAACUACAACGACACGGUGGCCAAUGUGGAGAUGGAUCAAUUAUUGUCACCGAACUUGGAGUUGGAGUUGGAAUGCUAUGUUUUUCUUUGGGGUGGUGAUUCCUUGGUGCAGUCCUGUUGGUAUCAGAGCACUAUUUUGUAUGGAACCUUUUAUGCCUGAUUUGGAACUUUCUCAAGUUAAUGGUACUCUCUUCCCUCGCAAAUCUUCUCUGACUCCAACUUUAUGUUCACGUCUUUUAGCUCUUUGGAGGCACAUAUCAAAAUCACGUACACACUUUGAAACCAAACCGGAUACAGGUUUUAUUGGCAAAGGAUUUACAAGGCAUGUUAACCGUGUUUGGAAUUAUUUUAUUAAAGGUCUUCUUGGUACUCUAGCUAUUGUAGUUGUUUUCCCAAUAGUAUGCUUGAUAGCAAGUCUUGGCAGCUUGAUCAUCACACUUACAGCUUUCAUUUGGAUGCCUUUGGUCACCCUUGGCCUGCAUCUGUUCAUGGCCCUUAUUUAUGAUGUUGAUAGUCCAGAUCCAAGCCGAAACCGGUAUCUCAUUAUUCUUGAAGCAAUCACAUGGAACAUAAUUAUCCAAGGUUUCUUACAACCUAUUCUGGCAUUGUUUGUGGCCAUUGUUGUUUGCCCCAUCAUAUCUGUUACUGUGCUUACUGUUGGUGUUUUUCGAUAUUGGUUACGACUUGUAUGGGAUUCAGCAGCAUUCCAUUUUAUUAUAAAGAAGAGAGGAAGAAUACCAGCAAGUGACAGUUUUGUUGUUAAAAGGAUUGCUGGUCCAGGGCUGGUCUCAAAUUAUUUUUAUCAGAUAAGAGCUGAACAAGCUCUUGCAGCAUUUGAAGCAAAAAUGGAACUGGAUGAAUUGCAAGCUUAUCAGCAUCAAAUGGAACAGAAAAUUUUACAACCACAAAAAGAUUUCAGUCAGUUUGUUGAAGCCUGUUUUGGACCAUUCUCCGCUCAGUUGUCUAAGACUGGACCGUAUCGAGCUUUGGAAAAAGAAGCCCAGGAUCUUAUUUCUGCUCUUCAAGAAAAAUUAGAAAGGAGACGUCGAGAUUUGCAAACUGGAUUGGGAGUAAAUGUGAGGAGCAAGAUCAAAUUGACAACAGUAGAACUAAAGAUUGCUUUGCAACAAGCUGCUGUAAUGUUGGAAAGGUUUUACCCUGGCCAUGUUCUUCAGAGGUUGACAAUGCAUGAAGAGGAUUUUUGGGAAAAUAAAGGCUUGUCUGUUAAUGAUUGGGCAGGUCUGGCAAGUCUCAUGUAUGCAGAUAUUUUCAGUUUGGAUUUCCUUACACCACUUGAUGAAACAGAUACGAAGUUUCGGCUGGAGCCUCACAGUGCUGUUGAUUUGUCCCGUUAUUCUGAAAUGGUACAUGCUGCUGAGCUCAGUCAAGCUGGUCCUGACUUACUGGGUGCAGUGUAUGCCCCUCGUGGAAAUAUUCAGGUUCACUCCCCUUAUUUGGAAGUGUCUGCGUUCAAUCCUCGAAGCAGAGCAUCUGCAACUGCAAGGAAACAGGAAAGGCGAGGGGAAACUAUUGGAACUAUUUCUUUGAGUCGAAGUCAAAAGAGAAUUAACUCUUCAUCUCAUGUCUCCGCUUCAACUUGGCAGCCCUGGAAGCGACAUCACCAUCCUUACAGUGCUGAAAAGCUUCUUAUUCCUCUUCCUGUACCUCAUCCAGCUCAUAUAGCAAUCACUAUUCAUAAUCGUGACAGUGAUGAUCCUAUUCCCCUGGAUUCUGAACUAUGCCAGAAUAUUUUAAAAGCUGUAGAAGAUGCUCAUAUAAAUCAAAGUGGAGUGCACGACACAAAUGAAGAGGGUAGUGGUGGAAAUGUAGCACGAUACCGUGGAGGUGGAGAUAGUAGUUUUGAUUCUGUUGAAUCUCAGAGUUCUGUUUCUGCUGCAGCUCCAGAUGGACAAGAGCCUGAAAGGCAGGAAAGUUACAAUUGGCAUCCGACUGAUUGGAAUGGUGGUAUGACACGCAAGAGGAAUAAUUCUGGCUCAGUGCGAGUUGAUUUAGCAUCUCCAGAAGAUGUAACUUUAGAUACGGACUCUACUCGUGUGAUGUUUAGUACAUAUGGUACAACAGUUUGAAUUAUCACUCUGUACAUGAAAAAGUGGAUGAGAGAAUGAGAGGUAUGAAUGAGUGAAUGAAAUAGUCAAAAAGGUUGAUUCAGCAAAGUUGUGAAUUGGUUUUACAAGAACCAAUAUGUGAAGCAAACGGUUUUAUGCUUUCUGCAGAUAACUUGUAUAAAAGUUUUUAGUUUGACUUGUGCAAAACAACUUUCCUUGCACAAACUGUAGUAUGAAUUUAUUUUUACAUAUUUCAUUUGAAUGACAUGACAUGACUUUUUUGUUUAUUUUUAUUUAAUUAACUCUAUGCUUGUAGCAGUUGUGCAUGUUUUUUAAACUACCUUUUUAAUGUCAUAAGAUCUGAUCUGAAAUCAAUACAGAAGUUUUUAACAAAGAACACUAGUCAUAACGAGUUAAUCUCAGGUAAAAGAAACACAUGUUAUGAGCAGAAUUUUCCUGGUACAGUUACUGAAUGUUUCAAGUGAACUUCAAAUAUGAAAUUAACGUUUCUGUAUAGUUGACAAUUAUAUCUACCUGUAAGUGGGUUAAAUGAUAUCGAAAUUACAUACUAUUGGCUCGUUGGAAGAAGUUGCGGAGUGCGUUGUGAACAAUAAUUAAAUUAUACCCAUGUGGAUUCACAAGCUUGUGUUUAUUAGCAGACUUUAUUUACGGUAAUACCUUCCUAACAUGAUUUUCAAUCUAAAAAUUAUUUGAAUUUUUUAGUGUUGGUUCUGCUACGAUAUAUAUUACAACAAAAUGAGCGAUAUUUUAAAAUUUUGUUACCCAUUUCUGGUUUCUAAAUUAAAACUGUUAAGAGCAAUAUACAGGAUGUUUUAAUCUUCAACAGCCAAUUCUAAACCAUAAAAAGAAAAUGUGAAUAAUUUUGAACAGUUUGUUAGUUUGUUUGAUAUUGUGUUGAUGGCAUAUAACCCCACUUAUUUUUACCAAUUGGCAGUAAAAAUUCUUGUAAUUCAAAUAUUUAGCAUAUCACUCUUAAUUCCAAUGCACCUGUCCGGAACAGGAAACAUUUUUUACAUAAAAAGUAAACUGUCAAAAAAAAGACAGGCCAAAAUCUAACCAGGAAUCAACAGCAGGAUGAUUUUUGUUCUUAAAUACAUAAUUCCAAAUGAAGAAAAAAUGAAGUUCUGUGUGUAAGUAUAUGUGAAUCUAUGGAGGCUUAUAAUGUAAUACAUCUAUGAAGGUUUAUAAUAAUACAAUACUGUUAGUUAAUGAUUCGAAAUAUUAAUGGCUGGAAAAUAAAUGUGAUCCCCAAAACAUCAGAGAAAUUAUAUCAUAAUAGGUGUAGCACUGGUGGUAUCAACGGAACUGUUUUAUGAGUAGUAGAAGAAAUUUCACAAUUACUAUGUGGGCUCCCAAGAACUGGAUUGGCAAUAGUACUUAGAGUCAAUGGUACCCAAGUUCACCCUUCUAAAUGCUUAUGAAUUUAUAAUCUUCAACUGUUAUAGAUAAGAGGUGGAGCCACUCCAGGCAUUUUUAAUUUUAUUUGGAUUUUUGUAUUCUCUAUGCAACAGGAAAAGAAAAUCCUGUAGGAGCCAAUCUGACAAUGCUACAUCGAAAUUGACUGACACCCUAUUUUGUCAUGUACAUGAUCUAAAAACUGUCCCUAUACCCCUUUAAUCGGUCUUGAGAUUGUGGUCAAGUCAAUGAGAGCUUUGGGCAAAAGUAUAUCCAUCGGUGCCGUUGCCUUCAUCAAUGCCUUGUGCUAACUUCCCAAAAUCCGUAAGCAUGCAUAGCCUAAAUUAAGAGGAGUUUCAACCACAUUUCUGGACCCCCUAGCAACCCCCUUUACCAUUUAACUUUUUACAAUUGGUAUUUUCUACUGUUAAAUAAAUCAUAAUACAACGAGAAUGAAAUAACUAAUGAUACAAUUAAUAAAUAAUUUUUUUUUUUUUGUUAAACCAUUUACAGGGAUGCCAAAUGGUUUGGAGUCUCAUUCUCAAAUGCGUAUCAUCUUUCUUGUCUGCUAAUACAAGGGGGGGGGGAGGAAUUGGUCAUAUUUACGGAAAUAAAAUGUUGUAUUAUGUAGUGAUAUGAAGCCCCUUUCGAAAUUUUUAGUGGAGGGCCCCCCCCCCUCCGUGAGCCCGUGAGUAUGUUUGUGCAUACAUCUAUUGGUAUAAAGAGAAUAUAAUUGGAAGAAAGUGUGGAAUAUUAUUCAGGUUACAAUUUGUUUUAAUCACAUACGCCACAGUUUUAGUAAGUAAUGACAUCUGGUGAAUGCAGUCCUACUGUAGGGAGUCUGUUUGGGCGAAAAAUAGAAGGAAAAAUAAAUAAAUAAAGAAAGAAAGAAAGAAAGAAAUAGAGAAAUAAACGCACCAGCGUGUUCUGUACAAAGCGAUGAACAAAUUUUUCAAAGUAGCUAAGAGAUUUGAAAUAAUUUGUCUGACUGAAAUAACUGAAAUAUCUUGUCUUGCGAC